AUGGCGGGCUACAUUUUAAACUCGAGGAGCGACAAUACGGUGGUAAAAUAUUACAGGGCUUUCAAAAAGUGGGAGGAUUUCAUAAAGCAGGACGGAGGAUGUUCACUUCCAGCUCAGCCCAUACAGGUGGCGCUGUACUUGACACACAUUUUGGAUGUGGGUGGUUCAUACAGUGUUGUUUCAUCGGCUGUGUACGGAAUUAAGUGGGCUCAUUCUAUUAACGCUUUCGACGAUCCUACGGAGAAUGGUUUUGUAAGAAACAUGUUGGAGGCCGCAAAACGACAAGUACGGGCACCCAGGAUAAAGAAGGACUGCGUAUCGGCUGAUAUGCUUAUCAAAUUAUGCGAUAGCCAUAAAGACUCUAGGGACAUUACUGUGGUGAGAGAUUUGGCGAUGAUUGUUCUGUGUUUUGCUGGUUUUCUAAGGUACAAUGAGUUGAGCGAGUUAAGAUGUGAGGAUGUAUCGUUUCACGGGUCGUGCUUAAAGCUAAUGAUUAGAAAAUCUAAAACCGAUCAGUACAGGCUAGGGAAUGAGGUAGUCAUCGCAAGAGGUAAAACAUCAGCAUGUCCUUAUUUGAUGCUGGAAAAAUUUAUGGAUUUGUCUGGAGCAACGGUAAGUUCAAAUGAUUAUUUGUUCAAACCAUUAGUCCGUGGAAAGGCCGGGUGUAAGCAGAUAGGUAAGCAGAAACCAUUAAGUUAUACGAGGGCAAGAGAAUGUGUUGUCAAAAGGUUGCAGGAGGUAGGUAGUGGUUUGAAUUUAGGGUUACAUUCUCUGAGGGCAGGUGGCGCUACAGAAGCGGCAAAUAGUAAUGUAAACGAAAGGUGCUGGAAGAGGCAUGGGAGAUGGAGAAGCGAUGUUGCUAAGGAUGGCUAUGUGGCCGAUUCGCUUCAGCAUAGAUUGCAGGUUACCCAGCAGUUGGGCUUGUAGGUAUAUGAGGCUAAUAUCUAUUGCAUAUUAUGUACUUGUACACUGAGUAGUUAGGCUCGUACAAGUUAGGUAACAGUCAGGUUUGUGAGUAU